AUGAAAGAUAAAAAUAAAGAUUAUUUAUUCGGCAAUGUGAAAUAUUUUUCUAUAGCCCCUGUAGAGAUGAUUAAUAAAAAAAGAAAGUUAGAAAUAGAAGUUGAUAAUAUUAAUGAAGAAGUUAUAAAAUAUUUUAAACAGCACGAAAUAACUUAUAACAAUCUUUUUUACAGGCCACAACCAUUUAUUGAUGAAAGUUGUGAAGAGGCAGUGAAUCUGAAAAUAGAAAAUUUUGAUAAAAAUCUUAUCAGAUUGAAUAAUUUACAAGAAAAUGAGUUUAUUGAGAUAAAUCCUGUAGAAAUAAAUAACAUAGCUUUAGAAUUCGCAAUGCUAGAAAAUAACGAAAUAGAAACACAUACAAAAACUUAUAAAAUCGCAACUAAGAAAAAAUCUGUAAAAAUAGAUACAAAAUGUAAAAAUACAUCUUCUGAUAUUUUUAGUGAUGAAAAAUCUACUAUACGUUCUUCUCUUAUUAGUGAAGAACAAUCUACUACACGUUUAUCUGAUAUCAGUUCAGAUAAAAGAUUAUUAUUUUUUUUAAAAAAAACCAAUCCAAAUUUUUAUAAAACGUGUGAAAGUGUAAAAGAUUACGUAGAAAAAACAGAAGCAAUUAUUUUAGAAAAAGGAAAAAUGAAUUUGGCCACUCAAAAAUUAUUAAAAGAAGAAAAAAAGAAUAUUUAUACAAAAAAACAUAAACCGCACAUUUGCAAAUUAGAACUUUUAAAAGAAACUUUCUGGACAGAAACUGAAAAAAAUAAAUUUAAGCAUUCUGUACUAAAAUAUAAAAAUAAUUUCAAUUUAAUACAUAAAGAAUUUUCAGAAAGGACUAGAAAAGAAAUUAUUUAUAGAUAUUAUAAUAACAAAGAUAAAACUUAUAAUUAUAUUAAAAAGAAAGGUGGAAGAAUAAGUGAUAAAGAAUGUGAUGCAUACAUUCUUGGUACAUGGACAGAUCUAGAGAAAAAAAUAUUCGAUGAAAAUUAUGUUAAAUUUGGUAAAAUAUUAAUAAAAUAUCAGACAAUUUUACCAAAAUCGAUUAAAGAUUUAAAAUUAUACCUUAGAUGGUACUUAAAAAAUAAAACUAUAAAAACAAAACGAAUAUCAUCUUCAAUUUUAGAUGACUGGUCUAUUGAUGAGAGACAAAUAUUUGCGAUUUACUAUCCAUUUUUUAAUAAAAAUUGGAUUACAAUGUCUGUACAUUUCACUUCUAAAAAUAGUAAAGAUUUGAAAAUGUACUAUUCUAAAUAUUUUAAACAUCUGAGCUAUGCAGAACAAAAAUUUGAAACUUGUUUGAAAGAACAUAAAUUGAAAAAUCACACAGAUCCUGUUUUACAUGUUGGUGAUAAAACAAGUGAUUGGUGUGAAUCUGUAGGAUGGAUUUUUAAAACGGAUGAUAGUUUAAAAUAG